AUGAUCAAUGGGUUGGUGACUGCACUUGGCGAUCACGACAAUGAUAGUGUCAGACAACGUGCAUGUGAAGCACUCGCAAGAAUAAGUCAAAGAGGAGCAGCCAAUGAAGUCAUCAAAGCACUGAUGGUCACACUUCGAAAACCAAACGAUCAUAUUGUGCAAUCAUAUGCAUUGAAAGCUCUUGGAAACAUUGGUCAAAAAGCAACAAUCAAUGAAGUGAUCAACGGGCUGGUGACUGCACUUAGGGAUCGGACUGAGUUGAUAAGACAGGAAGCAUGUUUAGCUCUCGGAAAAAUAGGCGAAAAAGCAGCAACCGACGAAGUGAUCAACGGGCUGGUGACUGCACUUAAGGAUCAAAAUCACAAUGUCGAAUGGAAUACAUGUCGAGCGCUCGAAUCAAUGGGUAAAAAAGCAGCAACUAAUCACGUGAUCAAUGGACUAAUUACUGCACUUGAGGAUAACGAUGAUGGUGUCGGCUACAAUGCACGCGUAACUCUUGUAGCAAUAGGCGAAAAAGAUUCCAUAUCAGUCAUUGCAACCAGUAUUCGACCUGGUCUAAUUAUAUCAUUAUGGAAAGGUGUUAAUUUUACUCGCCAAUUAUUGUUUAAAUAUAAUAAACCAUUUAUUCCUAUCCAUCAUAUGGAAGCACCCGCAUUAACAGUACGCUUUAGAACAAAGUGGUUUCUUAGUGGAGUACAUACAUCAAUACAUUGA